AAUCCCAGAACGAACCCAUUGACAACCCAACGUGCUUGCUUUUUCGAUACCAUAAUAAAUAUGUAAUAUGUUAAACGUUUCAAGUUAUUCAUCUAAAAUACUGGAUUGGAUUCUAAAUGGGCAUUAUUUUGUAUAAUAAUUAUUGCUUAAAAAAUAGAUUCUAAUUUUUACAAACUACAACAUAAAAACGACUGACAACAUUCAACUAACUUUUUGGAGGUUAGAAUGAUGGCUCCAUCAAAUGGUGAAGACGAUCAACUAUCAGGUGACGAUGAGCCACAGUUAUCGACUGAAACACUUCUUGCGCUGCAAGAAUUCUAUGCAGAACAACAAGAACGAGAAAAACGCUUACAGAACCAAAUCGAAGAAAAUGGCUCUAAUGCUGCGAAUAUCUCCAACUUUGAUGAGAAUUGGCAACUGAGUCAGUUUUGGUACGAUGAAGAAACAGCCAAUACGCUGGCCAAUGAAGCGUGCAGGGCUGCUGGCAGCAAUGCAUCAAUUGCGCUCGUCUCAUGUCCCACUUUGUACUCUUUGGUCAAGAACAGCAAAAGUAGAAAUCAGACAACUUCAGUCAGCUUACUGGAAUACGAUCGACGAUUUGCUGCUUAUGGGACAGAUUACAUAUUCUAUGACUACCAGUCUCCAUUAGAUUUGCCCAAACAAUUGGAGCACCAAUUUGAUGUAGUGAUUGCUGAUCCUCCCUUCCUAUCUGAAGAGUGUCUACAGAAGACGGCUCAAACAGUGCGAUUCUUAUCAAAGGACAAAAUUGUGCUCUGUACAGGAGCUAUCAUGGAAGAGUUGGCUUGCUCACUACUCAAUCUACGCAGAUGCUCAUUCACACCGAAACACAAAAACAAUCUUGCUAAUGAAUUUGCUUGUUUCUCCAAUUAUGAUUUUGACAAUUUUGUAAAUAAAAAUGAAAUAUAAUAUUCUUUCCUCAUUUUGUCAGUGAAUUUGUUAAAUAUUUACAAAUAUAUACUGAAUACUAAAAAAAUAUAUGUAAUGUUUAUAAAUAAAUGUACAUUAAUUCUA